GGAUCCCAGCCCUCAGUAUAAUCCACCACACUUUCGUUUUCAGUCAGAAUAAAAGAGUGAGCCCUCCCCUGACUCUCCAGCAGAGCGGAGGCACUGACUCUGGUUUCGGAGCGGAGGGUGGGCUGGAGGAGACGGCUGAGGAGGUGCUGGUGCUCUCGGGGGAACAUGUCUGAGGACUGGGGGAUCUGCCGCCUCUUUCCUGUUGUGAUCGUACUGGUCAUAGUCUUCAAUGUCAAUGGGUCUGUGGAAGAUCCUCUUUUUGAAUGCCUGCAAGACCCUGACUAUGAAGACCUUCGUAAGAUAAUAGAACAAGGUCUUCCACCUACAAAGACUCCUCACAGUGUGGCUGUCAUUGGCGGAGGCAUUGCUGGACUUACCGCAGCCAAGAUCCUGGAGGAUGCUGGACAUAAGGUUACAAUCAUAGAAGCAAGCGAUCGUAUAGGAGGAAGAAUAGAGACCUACAGGAUGAAAAGGGAGGGGUGGUAUGCAGAACUUGGUGCCAUGAGGAUCCCAUGGUUUCACAAGAUUCUCAUGGCUUUUGUGUCAAAGAUUGGACUGAAACUUAAUCCUUUCAUCGAAGAAGACAUAAAUACUUACUAUUAUAUCAAUGGCUUGCUCGUAAAGACCUACAAAGUAAAAGAAAACCCUGAAGUGCUGAACUACACCUUAAACGAGCGGGAGAAGGGGAAAACAGCCAGUCAGCUUUUUGACAUGGCACUGGGGAAGAUGAGGGAUGAUGUGAAGAAAUAUGGCUGUAAAAAGACGAUAGAGAAGUAUGAUUCAUAUUCUGUUAAGGAGUAUUUAGUAAAAGAGGGCAACCUGAGUCGAGAAGCUUUGCGUAUGAUUGGAGACAUCCUUAAUGAGAAUAGCUUCUUUUAUACUGGCCUCACAGAGACGCUCUACAUUCAGUCGGAUAUCAGUGAUGAUACAGUAUAUUAUGAAAUCUCAGGCGGUAUGGAUCACUUAGCCAGAGAAUUUUAUGAAACACUCAAUGCAACAAUCCUCCUUAAAUCAAGGGUCAAACGCAUUAGUCAAAGCAGCAGCAAUGUUACAGUUUCAUAUCAAGACUGGCGCAACCCCUCCACUUUGACCAGCCUCACAUUCGACUACGCAUUACUGACGGCAACAGCCAAAGCUUCGCUCUUCAUGGAGUUCCAGCCUCCUCUCUCAGUCCGAAAGAUGGAAGCUCUGCGCUCCGUGCACUACGCCAGCUCCACCAAGGUUGUGCUGAGCUUCAGUGAGAGAUUCUGGGAGAAAGAAGGCAUUAAAGGAGGGAGAAGCAUCACUGAUAUGCCUUCAAGGUUCAUUUACUACCCCAGCCAUACCUUCCCAGGGACACAAGGGGGCGCCCUGCUUGCCUCCUACACCUGUUCUGAUGACUCCACGCUUUUCCAGGGGGUGCCAGAUAACGAGCUGAUGGCCAUGGUGCUGGAUGACUUGGUGAAGAUCCAUGGGGAGGGCAUCCGGCGACUCUGCACUGGCGGUGUUGUUAAGAAGUGGGCGCUGGAUCCUUACAGCCAUGGGGCCUUUGCCAUCUACACUCCCUACCAGCAGACUCAGUAUGCCUGGGAUCUGUUCCAGAGCGAGGGGAGGAUUCAUUUUGCUGGAGAGCAUACAGCGAUGCCUCAUGGCUGGAUUGAGACGGCUAUGAAGUCUGCUCUUAGAGCUGCCAAGAACAUAAACAGUCUUGAAGAAUAAAAACUUGACCAAACGUGUUUUUUUCACAUUGGUGCAUUUCACCUUUUUGUGGCUUAAAGGCAAAAACUAAAAACCUUAAUUCUAAAAAAAACUUACAGUUUGUAAAGUGCAACUGAAAAAAAGAAAGCAGUGAUUUGUAAAUCCAUUUUGACCUGGAUUUAGGCAAAAAUUUUCAAAGACAAGACAUUUAGGGCUGUAUCAAUCUCUCAGCGCAGCCGAGAGGUGUGACAUUAAACAUCUGGCAGAGCAAGGGCAUUUCUGAACCCUUUAGGUUGGAGGGAAAAUAGCCCUAGUAGUCGCGGCUGCUUAAUGUGACUCAGACAGUUGGGGUGUCAACACGGAAUAUCAUAUGGAUAUUCAAAUGGAAUGUCUAGCAAUACUAAAAUCUCAUUGGCUAAGCCACAUCCAAUUCCUUUAUACUGGCCUUUUCUGUCUGUUCACUCACAUGGGAGGAAAAUCUAAGGAACAUAUCAUUGUUGUCAGAAGAAAACCUCGUAUCUCCAAAAUGGUAACUUUAUAGGAGAAGGAAAAAAACCUACUUUACUUUUAAUGUACGUCAAUGGAACCAGACAUUUUCCCAGGUCAUUUUGGGCCGUUUCAAUUGGUCCAUUGAUCAUGAAAUUCAUGUACAAUAUAAAGAGCCAUAGGACUUUUCAAAUUAUGUCAAAAACUGAAAAAUCUAAAGUAGAUUGGUGUAGAUUUCAUCUUUUUUUUUUCCAAAAGAGCCAUACAUUCAGAAGAGAAUCAGGAAAUCUGUCUAUGAACUGAUCUUUUCACUGCAUACAGCUUCCCUAAAAUGCCUCCAAUAUGAAGUGAUCCUGUUUACUGUUUACUAAGGUUCUUCUUUCUGCUUGUCUAUAUUAUCAAAAUAUGUACAAAACAAGGUAGUUAGUGAAGCAUGAUUAUUUUUGUUGUUUUAUUUGCUGUAGUAAGAUCUAACUACUAGUGUUUGUAGUUACCUGUUUUCUACUGGUUUAACUUUUAAUUAUUAUGUAAUAAUUAUUACUAUUUUUUUAUUAUAAGCCUAUUAUUUUUGUUUUGUUGUUGUUCAUAAUCAAAAUUAUUAUUUUUGUCGAUCAUAGUUUUUUUUUUAUAACAAGGAUGCAGUGUCAUUAAGGCAAAGCAUUAGCAUGUACUACCCCAAAAGUCCUAGACAGCUUUUCACGUGUCCACAUUGAUCAAUAGACGCAGUCAUUUCAGACAACAAAGUUGUUUUUGCUCUAGUUACAAGAGUAACAAUAGCUCCCCCUUGUGGACAGUCUGGUUAAACAUGAGUGAGUGAGUGAAUGAGUGAGAUACAAGCCAAGUCCAUGAGGUGCUUCAUAUCUACUACUAAUAAUGAUUAUAACAUUUUUUUUUUAGUUACUGUUCAUUAUAU